AUGUCAGAACAGGAUAGAAAAGCAAGAUUGGCUGCUUUGAGGAAGAAGCGACAUUCCAAAGACAAUGAAAUUUCUUCUGCUUCACAAGACGCAAAGAGACAUAAACCAGAACAACAUGAAGAAUCUAGCCAUAUAGAAGAACCUAGUAUCAAACUAGAGCAAGAAGAGAAGUCUGCGGAGACAGCACUGACAGCUCCUACCUUAAUAUUACCUAAUACAGAUAUAGUAGAAGCAGUUGCUCCGGAUAUUCAAGACGGAGUAUUACGGAAAGCAGAAACAGCUGCCAGUGAAGGCUUACUUACCAGCGCAGUAAACACCAGACAAAAGCACAUAUACACAGCCGACUUGUUAGAAGAAUUGGCUCCUUAUCUUCGUAGGGCAAAAACAAAGACAGAUAGAGCUAUCUUUGGGAUAGUGCAGAAGAAGUACGAAGAGUCUAAAUUAAUAUGA